AAAAUGGCGGAAACUGCAGAGGUAAUCAGAAGAUAUAAAAGACGUUUUAAUAUCAAAAGAGACAACGAUGUAAAUCUAAUUUAUAUGAGCAAUAAAAACAUACAAGAGCUAAAAGAAGAAGAUUUUAUGCCAUAUAGAUAUUUAACUAUUUUGUACUUGAAUAACAAUAAGCUAUUUACAAUAAACUUCUUUUCGGCUUGUAUCAAUUUAAGGGAGAUAUAUUUACAUCACAAUAGAAUAAGGUCGAUUGCAAAUUGUUUAUAUAUGUUGACUUCCUUGAAGAGGCUACAUUUGCAUAAUAAUCAAAUAAGCGAUUUAGAAUCGACUAUAAACGAAUUUCGUAAAAUGGUUGAUUUAGAAGAUUUAAAUUUAUUUAAUAACCCUAUUGCUCAGGAACGAGGCUAUAAGCAAUAUGUUAUAAGGCGUGUACCGCAUUUAAAACUAUUGGAUAGAGAAGAAGUUACAAGAAAAGAUAAGAGAAUAGUUCCAGAAAUUAUAACUGUAGCAUUUAAUAGAUGCAGUAGAGGACCGCCUGAAGUAUUUUAUCCACAUUCUCCACCAAUAACUGAACUACCUCGUAAGGCUGUCUAUUAAUUGUGUGCUCUUAAUACUAUUAACGUCAAUAUCUGUUGACUUUGAACGAUAUAGCAAAGCAUGAAGUCGCCAACAGCUUUUAUAGAGAUAACCCUGCGAUCGAUAUAGAGCAAGCUACCCAAAUUCGCCAAUCGAAAAGAAGUUGUAACCACUUUGCUCAUAUGGAUUGGUCAAUUGUGCCUAGAAGAGAAGAAAGAAGACAAACAAAAGUUAAAUUCUCUACACCGUGCCUUAUUAGUAAGAUAUGGCAAUAAUCUUUUUCUCUUUUUUGAAAGUUUUUUACUUUUUUUUUCAAAAACGUGAACAAAAAUUCUGUGCCACAUUUUUUCGACAGUUUUAUAUUUAUUUGUUAGUUUGUUUGCACGUGCCAAAUUUUUUUUUGGAAGUUAUAACCAAAGAAAGAACAGAAACAAUGAAAACUGCAUAAUUUAGAGAAAAAUCUAUAUUACUUUUAUAAUAAGACAUAAAACCUAUUUUAGUAUUACAAUUGUUUAGGAUAUUGAACAGAGUGAUAGUUUCUUAGUGAACUGACAAAUUCAUAAUUCUAUAUGUGCUGUGUGGCUUAUUGUUAAAGGGCUAAUAUAGUUUUAUUAAAGAAUUAGAAAACAUCAUUUUUCUUUCUUUAAAUUGUUAUCAAGCGCCCAAUAAAUAAUAAGUAGUGAAUAUUUCCUAUAUUUUUCUGCAUUUAAGCAAUGACAUUGUGUUAGAAUAGUUAAUAGAGAGUAAGUCAUAUUGAUUUUUCUUGUGUUUUGGUUCAACGAUUAUUCUUACGGAGACAUGACAAAUAGAAAAAGCUAUUCGCGUGAAAAUAGAACAGUCUCUUUUUAACAAAAAAUGUUGAAUAAUAAUUCUAAAACAUCUUUUUAAAGCGUUAGAUCAAUCUAUUCUUGGCUUUUUGUCAAAAUUUCACGUUUGCCUACGCAGUUUAAAGGAUCGCUAUUAUGGUGACCGCUGCCGUUCAAUAUGCCAAAGAGGCAGUUCUCUUGACACGAGGUAAAACUGAGGGAAAUGUAUUAAUUUUAGAGUUCUGCUUCAACACAACAAUGUUGGACAUCCGUAUCCAAUCUUGUAAAAACAUUAAUUUGUAUUGUACUUCACCC